GCAUUGAACUCGUUGUGUCGCUUUACUUUCACUUUUUUCCCCUUCUUGUUCUCCUUUUCUUUUCUCUCCCUCUUGGCGUCCUCCUGGAAUGGAAUUAUUCAAGACUCGGCUGACCAGUCCUGAAAGCGGCGUGCUGCCGUCGGAAGUCGAAUAUUAUGCAGGUGACGUGUGUCGGACGCAAAGAAGUCUCGGAGAGGACCUCAAGGCUCGCAGAGGGAGAACUCGUCUCUUCGGAAAGGGGUAAGGCUGGUCGAAAAUCCGCGGUGCCCACGCUACUAUGUAGUCACUCCGGCGCAAAUGAUGCUACAAGUCUAUGGGAUGACGAGAAAGGUUGGACGAUCCCCGCAAGAAACAAAGAGGACGAAAGAGUAUGGACUGGGGAAGCACCCAACAAAAAUAACAAAAAAAGAAAGAAGGGAAAGGAAACCCCCACAAGAAGCACAAGGCUAAUGCUGCUGCGGCUGAAGAAGAGAAGAAUGGUAUCCGAAAAAUGACGAGGCGAGAAGGAAGAUGACGGAAAACAGGAGGAAGCAAAGACGACACGAACAAGGCUGAGCCGUAAGAGACUGACAAAUGACGGCGUUGCGUAGCGAGACCAGACGAAGCAGGGUCCCACACACACACACACACACACACAAUUUCUGCCCUCGAGAUGUCUUGUGCGACUGGCAGGCCAGCAAGUCGGUGAGAGGUGUCGAGAAGGGAGGUG